ACUUAUGUGGAAGCCAUAAUAAGGCUGCAGGGCAGAGCCCAUGUUGCUUUUGCUGUUACCUUCCCCAUCCCACGUGUUUGGCUGCGAGUCUGGCGGCACAGGAGGAAGGACUCUCACCCGAGCAGCCCAUACACAUUGCUUCCUCACUAUCCGGCUGCUCUCUCACUAACAGCUCGCAGCCUUUGUCACUCAGCUGUCUCCACCCAAAACAUUCUCUAACGUGCCCCUACACAUCCCUCUCAAACACCCUCCAACUGAGACCGGCAGAGGGACUGCCCUCCGUGAACUGUUACACUGGGCUGGAACCAUUAUCGCUGCGAUGGGAAGUGUGUGAUGUGAAUUCAUUCAGAGCAGCGGGCAGGGAGCAGGCACACGGGGCAGCCGCAUACUUGGUUUACUUAAAGUGGACUAUAUACUUCGUUUUUGUGGAUUUAUUCUGUGACAGUCGCUUUAUUAACUUUACUGCUGGAUCAGUUAUGUCACCUAAACUGAAAACGAAAUUGUGUCUGAAGACUGUGUGUGCAAGAGCACGACAGCUGUGAUUGAGAGACUCCGUUAUCCAGGCUGCUGGCCAACAAUUCAGAGAGAAUGUUUAUUCUGUAAGUUUUGGAAGAAUUGAUUCCUAAGUGAACAGAAGAAAGUGCAACUUUGGGAAGACCGUUUUAUGCUUCAUUACAAGAUAACUGUCUCAAAAACAUAAGCUUGGUUGUUUUACAGACUUUAUUUUACUUUUCUUUCAGGCAGCUCACAUUCAGGUACAUAUUAAAUACAUAAUACUAUAAAAACAAAACCCAGACUGUCGUACAAGCCUUUCCAAUUUAAUUCAGAAAACUUUGCAGGAUCUGGGAAAGUACUUCUCACCACCACAAUGAAGGGCUUGUAAAUAGGAAAAUGCCAGUGAUGCAUACCAUGGGAAGCCCAGAAUGUGGCUUUUCCCGAUCUUCACAGCAAACUCUUUCCAGGAGUCACUGCAAGAACAUCAAGGAAAAGAUCUCCAAGUGGGAAGGGAGAACCAGCAACAGUGGCUCCUGUGGAGACCUACUGAAUGUAAAACCAGAAAGGCCUCCUAGAGACCGCAAUGCAUUCACACAUUCAACUGCAGGACGACUGGACAAUAGGAAAACAGAUCUACUCAGAACUAGACAGUUUGACCUGGAUUUCAGGGAAGGAGGAAGGGGCAGCAGAUUUAACAAGGAAAAUUACAGAAUAAAUAAAGAUGAUUCCAAUGUAUAUGAGGAGGAGCUAGAAAGUAAUUCUUCUUAUUUUAGUGGAAGAGAAAAUGAAAAUGAGUAUUUAGACCCAGAUAUUGAACUACCUCCAGGAAAUUUUUAUACAUCCCCAGGGAUGUUCAAAAAAGGUAGUGUAAUUUCAGAAGACAACUUGAAGGAAAUGGUCCUGGAAUUUAAAAGAAAAAGGGGACGAAGCAAUUCAGCAGAUGGAGAACUUGAUUUGAAAUGUUUAACAAGUCAAAAUUUUGCCAUUAAAAGCUUGGAAAACAUUUAUUAUGAUACUGAAGGGUUGAAAGACAUUCCUUCUAUUAACCCUGUUCCCAAGCCCCGAAGGACAUUUCGUUAUUCUACAGAGCAUCACCCUGAGGAGCGUAAAGACUAUAACCACCGAAGGAGAAAGUCUGUGGAUGAGAGUGACACAGAAUCUUCUGACCCUUCAGUUCCACCUCCAGAACCCAAAAAGACUGGAAACAGGAAGCUCAGACCUAGAUCUAAAAGGAAAUCAUUUGAAUUCGAAGAUGUUCAGACUUUUAGGCGGUUCAUUCAUCAAGCAAACCACCCUGAGAUCUCAGAAGAACCCAGGGAGCCUUCAAGAUCUGCCUUAUAUCACACUGUGUCAGAAGACAAUAUCUAUGAGGAUAUUAUGUAUCCAACAAAGGAGAAUCCCUAUGAAGACAUUAAAAUAUCACCUUUACCUGUAUGGCGCGUCCCGUCAACAUGGAAGCUACCACCUCCACGAUGCACCAUCAAAGCACCAAAGAUUCCUUCAAAGCCAAAUUUUCUGAAGAGGCAAACAUUAGAACUAAAAAGCACAAAACUUUAUCUUCACAAAAAAGCAGCAAAGGAUUCUACCCUUCCAGUAACACUGAUGGAGUGGAAAGUUUUCCGGGGUGUAGCAGAGUCAACUAAAAAGAGGAAGGCAUUCCCCCGGCUUGUUAUGAAAAUACAAGACAUUUUUGAUGCAAAACGAGGAAAGAAGAGAGUUAAAGUCCAAACAUUCACAGGACAGGAUUCCUCUCCAUCAAAAGGUGAAGCCAGUGAAACUGAAAGUGACACAGAAGAUCGACAAAAAAAGCACUGUAAGCGGUUGGUUCAGGUGCCAAACUCACUGAAACGGAACCCGCAUUAUCAGACACUGGAGAGAGAUCUCAUCGAGCUUCAGGAGCAGCAACUUUUCGAGCUCUUCGUGGUUGUGUCUCUACAUAAAAGUUCAUCAGGAGAUGGUUAUGUUCCUGCUGUAAUCCAACAGUACCCACCUAAGAAUGAGACACCAGUAAAACAGUCUAGAGACAUGGAAGAUAGGCUUAAACUUAUCCCCCAGUUCUGCUUUCCUGAUUCAAAAGACUGGACCACAACAUCAGAACUAAAAAGUGAAACAUUUUCCUUUGUUCUCACUGGAGAAGAUGGGAGCAGGUGGUUUGGCUACUGCAAAAAGCUUCUGCCUCAGGGGAGGGGGAAACGGCUGCCUGAAGUAUACUGCAUGGUCAGUCGGUUAGGCUGCUUCAACCUCUUUUCUAAGAUACUUGAUGAAGUGGAAAAAAGACGGAAAAUGUCAGAGAAAAAAGAUCUUGUGUCAAUGUUCAUGCGUAGCGUCAUGGAAGCACCCUUCCCCGCGCCUGGGCGCACAAUAACUGUGAAAAGUUCCCUGCCUGGAUCAGGAGAUGGGGUCAUAGAGCUGUGCAGACCCAUGGACUCCAGGCUUGAACAUGUAGAUUUUGAUUGCCUAUUCAGGUGCCUGAGUGUUACUCUGCUCAUCAAAGUGUUUGCUUCACUGCUACUUGAAAGACGGGUUAUCUUUGUAGCUGAUAAUCUCAGCACCUUGUCUAAAUGUGCCCAUGCCGUGCUCGCUAUACUUUAUCCAUUCACAUGGCAGCACACUUAUAUCCCUGUUCUUCCGGCUUCAAUGAUUGAUAUUGUCUGCUCGCCCACUCCUUUUCUGAUUGGUAUUCUGUCUUGCUCCUUACCACUGCUCAGCGACCUUCCCAUUGAAGAGGUACUGAUAGUUGAUCUCUGUGGAAACAAGUUUCUGCAAGCGUUAUCUGAUGAAGAUGAUAUAUUGCCUCAUAAGCUUCAGGCUGCCUUAGCCCAGAUAUUGGAGCAGAGAGAUCACAUCAUGUUUCAGGAGCAGCUCACAGAAGAAGUGACACUGAAUUCCCUGGUAUCGGAAGCCUUUGUCUGGUUCUUUGUGGAAAUUGUGGGACAUUACUCCCUACACAUGUAUGUGAAUGAGAAGGGCGAGCGUGUUUUCCAGAGAGAGCCAUUCCGCAAGUGUCACACUUCUAGAAGCACACGCCAGUUCCUUGAUGUCUUCAUGGAAACCCAAAUGUUUGCAGGAUUUACUCAAGAUCGCGAGCUCAGGAAGAGUGGGGUGAAAGGUUUGUUUGAAGUGCGUGCUUGUGAAUAUUUGAAAACUCUCCCUGAGACAGAACCCAGUGGGGUGAACAAAUUUUUAAGAGGACUUGGAAGUAAGAUGAAGUUUCUCCAGAAGAAGUGAUCUAUUGAGUGAAAGCAUGGCUCUUCGAUUGAAGAUAAUGCAACUUAUUUGUAAUGAGAUUUCAUUGCUGGCUGUGCUCUCCCCUCUCAGUGUUAGAGCUUCCUGAAGGUCUGAAGGAUGAUUUGGAAAUUUAGUGAAGGAGACAGCUCAAUCUUGACUUUUCCCCUUACUGGAAAGAAGGAACUUUUACUUUAUCAGAAAGCAGUUCUGCAUAUGAGGGGAGAUUCUGUUCAGAAGGUGAAUGAAGUUACAAUGGAUACAAGCAAUACUCCAGCACUACAAAUCUUUCCAUGUAGCUGGUUUGUCUAUCACCAAUGAAUCUAGUAGAAAGCAUCACCUGCUUUGUUUGGUAAUAAAAAGGAAGGCUGCAGUGUCUGACAGACAAAAAGCCAUCGUAGUUUCUAGCACAGUGAAUAAAAUGCUGAGGCAGACAUGAUGGAUAAGAAUAGAUUCAAGUUUCUAAAUGGAUGUUCUCUAUCAAAUUCAUCAUAAAUCCAUGUUGGACAGUGGCUAAUGGGCACCACAUUUGGCACAAUGGCAAUAUAAAUUAUAAAUAAACUGCAGCUGAAGUGUUUACAAUAAAGCACCUAAUCUUGGCAUAAAUAAUUUAUAUCUAAGUAUAAUGGAUUUCUCUAAUUACCGAUUGACAUGACAGGCUGCAAAUUAUAAACCGUGGGGUUGCUGCAACUCCCUUUGGGAGCCAAAGGGAAGAACUGGACAUUUACACACGUGAGGAUACUCGACUUGUAUAUGGCGUAUCUUAUACCUGAAUACACAACUACAAAGUCAGUUACUGCUUUGAUAAUUGUCACUUACUUGCUUGAAUCGUACACUGUGGCUGUAAGACUACAACAGAUACCUGGAUUACAGAAGUUGGAAUAAGGCUAACAAGGGACUCACUGUAUAUUCAAUGUGAUAUAUGAGCUAUGACAAAGAAAUUGGGAUUAUUUGUAAUUCCAGUUUACUUUGAAAUCAUCAGUAUAUACCGUAAUCGCUAUGAUAAAAUGAUAUGAGUAUAGUAUGGUGUGUGUGAUCUGUUAUCCCAAAACUCUCCAAAGGCUUGAAAUAAAACAAUACCUACAUUUAAUUAGUCAUAUUUCUUAAUAAUACAGAAAGACCCCUUAUCUGGAAAACCCCAGAUCCCAAAAAAGGGAUUCACACAAUUUAUCUAUAUUGUCCAUAGUGGCAGGUGACUAGGUCCAAACCAGCUGGCUUGGAUCUAUCCACCUGCCACUUUGGACAAAGUUCAAAGUACAGAUUUGUCCCAAUCAUUGUGGAUAAGAGAUCCCAUUCCAACACAAAUUUCAUCAGAUAUGUGGGGCAUGAGACUGCAUUAUUGUUCUAUUUAUGCCUCGUAGCAAAGCCACACUGGAAACAAGACCGGGUUGGAAAGCCACACUCAGAUGUAAAAUGUUCUUUGGGGGUGCCAAAUAAGGACAGUGAUUGACUGUUUGGUAGCCCCAUGUGGACUGCUAGCCUGCAGGAGGCUUUGAUUGAAAAAUGUAAAAAUUGGCACCUACUUUGUUCACCUUAAUUGUUGCAUAUUGUUACCAUCCCUGUUGCUCUCAGUGGCCUACUGGCUGGGGUUCACUGAAAUAGGAUUUUAAGUUUAGGUUUUAGGGUAGGGCAGAGAGGGCAACUGCCCCAGGUCCACAUGUUCAAAUCACAUACUGCAUAUAUUUAUAUCAAAGAUACAGCCCUUGGCUUGCCUGCUGUUGCUGAAUUCAACAGGUUAGAUGCCAUGUAUUUUUCUCUUAGACUGAAGCCUCAGUGAUGCCAAAAUCCCUUAGUGAUGCCAGAAUCUGUAUUUUUGGUUCUGUAUCAUCGCUGUAACAGACCUGAGUGUCUCCUGGACUGAUGAAACAGCUCUUGAAACAGUUGACAUGCAGAGACAGGUUUCCAUAAAACAUGAUGAAAUGUAAAAACGAUUUGCUUGCUGCUAUCUCUGAAAGUGCAUAAUAGGCCUAUAACAUUUAUUGUGCAGCUAUAGGAAGAUAAGAUCUCUGUCACUGUGUAAAAGCAAUUCCCCUCAUCUGUUUGAAUCAAUAAACAAGUAAUAACUUGAUGGAGUUGGAAAUGGAUUGCAUUGUAUUGAAAAAAUAUUUGAUAUAUUUUGAUAUUGAUGUAGGACAGACACAUCCAGCCAACCCAUGACUGCAGAAUUGAACAGCUCAUCUCCUUUGUAUUGGGCUUGCACGUGUGUACAUUUACAGGGGCGUAAGUGUCUUAAAGCGAUGUAUACAAAUUAACUCAUAUUGAGUUUGUAUGAAUAUAUAGAUUUGUUUUAUACGUAAAUAAUGCUGCUUUACUGUGUGGAAACCAUUCUAUUGUUUUCACUGUCAGAAAUAA